UUUAUUUAAACUGCAAACUCUGAAACGAAGACUUCAGUUUAAAAAAUUUCUUCCUAUUGAAAAGUUCUUAUUGUUUUACAAAAAUGUAUAGGUUCCAUUGUCUUAUUGUUUCUAUAUUAAUUUUACUAAUUAUUGAAAAACCUGAAUUUGCCAAUGGAGACACAUCUUACCGGUGGAUAACUUUACAGCCAGGUGAAAAAUUGCCCACAAAUAGUGUUUUUGUUUACGAAUCUACAACCCGAUACAUUGGCAGAGCUAGACAUUUUGAUGAAAUCCUUCCAGCUGAAAUCUAUGCAAAUGGUUCGGCAGUCAUUUCAUCGUGCCAUAAAAUAAAACCCAAAGAAAAAUAUGAGGUUCUUACAUUGCCCGAACAAUGUGUUUGGAAAUCUUUCUCCGAAAUACAGAAUUUAGAUGACACUGCAGUACGUAUUGGUACAGCUUGGAAUGGUGAACCCACCUAUAUUGUAGCUUCGAGAAGUGAUUAUUAUAAUUCUAAUUAUUAUUAUCUUGAUAUAAUUUAUUUAACUAAAAAUCAAUUAUUUACAUGGAAUGCUAAAAGUAAUAUCUAUUAUCAAGAUGAAAAGGUCUAUCUGAGCUGUCCCCAUAAGACCAAAUGGAUUGAUACUGCUGCAGUGAAAUUACCAAACAAUACAGUAUCUGGUGGCAAGUCGGAGGAUGGCCAUGACAUUUAUGUAGCUCAAUUGAAACGUGGUUGUGAUAUUGUUGGAGGACAAGCCAUACCAGAAAUGGGUACUGCAACUGCAUUUUUAAACGAUGGCAGGCCUAUUGAGGCUUCUUAUUGUCAGGUAUUAGUUGGUGAACCAGACGAAUAUACUUGGAUAACAGCUAGUGAUGGAGAAAUUCCUGAUUAUGCUGUUGUUAAUGGAAAACAUGGAAAUGAAAUUGCAUAUGUGGCACGAUUUAAUAAGACUUUAGGGCAUUUGACACAUAGUGAGGCGCUAGAAGAACAACUUGAUUAUGAAAUAUUGGUUGCAAAACCAUAAGUGUAUAGUAAAAUUACGUAUCUUGUUCUUUUUAUACAAUAAAGACUUUUAAAUAAUA